GUUCUUCCUUCUGUUUCCGAGACGUUCAGGGUCUAAACGGGUUCAACAGCCGUGUCUGCAUGUCUCUACCAAUUCCCUCUAUAAAUCGUCUUCUACUGCCCCCGAAUGAAGAUUAACAGGUAUGCCAAAGGAAAAAUAUGAUCCUCCAGAUCCCCGCAGAUGUUACACCAUCAUGUCAGCCGAGGAUGCGGCCAAUGGGAAAAAGUCUUACUGGGCCGAGCUGGAGAUAUCUGGGCGGGUGAGGAGUCUGAGCACCUCGUUAUGGACGCUCACCCACCUGACGGCGCUGCACAUCAAUGACAACAACCUGACCCGAAUCCCGCCGGACAUCGCCAAGCUGCCCAACCUGGUCUACCUGAACCUGUCAUCAAACAAGCUCCGCAGCCUACCCGCCGAACUGGGCAACAUGGUCUCUCUCAGGGAAUUGCUUUUAAACAACAAUCUUUUACGAGUUCUGCCUUAUGAACUUGGGAGGCUUUUCCAGCUACAAACCCUGGGGCUCAAAGGAAACCCUUUGUCCCAAGACAUCCUCAAUCUGUACCAGGAGCCGGACGGAACCAGAAAGCUUUUGAACUACAUGCUUGACAAUCUAGCAGUGCACCCAGAACAGCUCCCUCAAAGACCUUGGAUCACUCUGAAAGAGCGAGACCAAAUGAUUCCCACAGCUGUGUUCACGGUCAUGUGCUACAACGUGCUGUGUGAUAAGUACGCCACGCGACAGCUAUACGGCUACUGUCCAUCAUGGGCCCUCAACUGGGAGUAUCGGAAGAAAGGCAUCAUGGAGGAAAUCACCAGCUGUGACGCCGACAUCAUCAGCCUGCAGGAGGUGGAGACAGAGCAGUACUACACCUUGUUUCUGGAAACGCUAAAGGAGCGUGGCUACGAUGGCUACUUCUGUCCAAAGUCUCGUGCCAAACUGGUUUCUGAGCAGGAGAGGAAACAUGUUGACGGCUGUGCUGUGUUCUUCAAGACAGAGAAGUUCACUUUGGUCCAGAAACACACUGUGGAGUUCAACCAGGUGGCCAUGGCGAACUCUGAGGGCUCAGAGGUCAUGCUGAACAGAGUGAUGACCAAAGACAACAUCGGGGUGGCCGUGCUGCUAGAGGUCAACAAGGACAUGUUCUCUGAUGGCAUGAAACCACCACAGGAGAGGCAGCUGAUACUGGUUGCCAACGCCCACAUGCACUGGGAUCCAGAGUACUCGGACGUCAAGUUGAUCCAAACUAUGAUGUUCUUGUCGGAGCUGAAGAGCAUCGCUGAGAGGGCCUCAGGCUCUGCUGCGAAUGGUUCACCGACCUCCUCCGACCCAUCCUCCAUCCCCAUCGUCAUGUGUGCUGACCUCAACUCGCUGCCCGACUCCGGUGUGGUGGAAUACCUGAGCAACGGAGGAGUGGCCGAGAACCACAAGGACUUCAAGGAGCUACGAUAUAAUGAAUGUCUGACCAACUUCAACUGCAACGGCAAAAACGGCAACUCUGAUGGAAGCAUCUCACACAGCUUCCAGCUGAAGAGCGCCUAUGACAGCAAUCUGAUGCCUUACACCAACUACACAUAUGACUUUAAGGGUGUGAUCGACUACAUCUUCUUCUCCAAGACUCACAUGAGUGUCCUGGGCCUGCUGGGACCGCUGGACAGCCAGUGGCUCAUCGACAACAACAUCACCGGCUGCCCCCACCCCCACAUCCCCUCGGACCACUUCUCCCUGUUGGCCCAGCUGGAGCUGCAGCCUCCCCUGUCCCACCCGCUCAACCCCCUCAACGGGCUGCACCUGCCGGUCCACAGGUAGUGCAGCCUGAGAGAGCCCUACCCACCCUUCUUACCCCACCUUCAAACACUGCCCCCCCCCCCCCCCCCCCCCCUCCAGCUUUAUACAGGACCCUGUACAGGUUACCGAUCAUGUUCAAACUCAGACACCAUCUGACCCCUCCAACCCUAAGACCCACCUAUCCAAAAGGAGUGAAGUAUUCGCCCGUUUGUUGCUCCUUUUUGUGUUUUUGCACACUGUAAAUGUUUUAUUUCAUUUUUUCUUUCUCCCCUUGAAAAGGCUUGAUACCAAAUGUUGGGCUUGGGGUGAGGUUGCUAUGGUAACCCCCAAUGUCAAAUGUUGUUUUUUUUUGCCUUAGGUAUGAUGACCGCUUGUAGAUUCUGCUCCUACAACAACAAACCUUAACUAAUACUAUCAACUUUUUAAAGAUAAAUCUCCUACACAAAUGUGUGCAGAUUAGCUAAAUUUCAUUUGGUGUUUAUUUUCUCAUUUCACACAGCUGUGAAAUAAUAUUUUUAGAGUAAAAACACAACAUAAUGUUAAUGCUGCAUCACAACAUGCAUGUUGUGUUAAAAUCUAUACAACUGGACCGCUAUCACUCCCAAACUAACUUGACAGGUAUUUUAAUAAAAGGAGUAGCACUACAAACAACUGAAUUUAAGUUAGGAAAGUUUUAUGAGGAUAUGAAAGGUUUGUUUACAUCAUUCGUCAUUUAUAUAAACACAGGUCCAUAUUUUCUAUUUUGAUCAGCCAAUAAACAUCAAAAUACUUAAUUCAGAUACAUGUGAGUAAUUAUCUGCAAUUUUAAAGAUUAAAAAGGACUAAGAGGGCGUUUUAAAAGUAAUGUAACGUCACUGUUAACACUAACUUGAUGUGUUUCAUAAGGAACUAGAACAUGAAUCAUCUCAUGUCACUGGUGCGGGUCACAAAACAGCACUGAUAAUAUUGACUACAGAUUGUUUUAGGGGGCUUUCAGAUUGACACUUUAUUUAUAGUGGAAAAUAAUGGAUAGUAUCCCAUGUGCUACCAAAGUUUUUUCUGGAUCACAUUUCCAUAUUAUUUGGGAUUAUGUUGACUGGGCUUAUUUUUAAAUAGUGGAAAAGGAUGUCACCUGACUUAUCCUUCUUGUCAAGUUGCAAAUCUCAACCUGAAAGCCACCUCACGGUGCUGCGCGGAUGUUACUGAGUUGCUGCAUUCGCGCCUAUGAAUUUCUUUUUCCAUAGUACUGGUCUUGUACCUCUCUUUGAUCACUGCUAAAUAUUUUACUUGCAGAGGUGUUCCGCUCAGACGAUUCAUUCUCACUGUAGUUUAAAAGAUGCAACUCGUGAGUUCUCUGCAGCACUAUGACAAUUAAUUCAGGCUAAAUGAAAAAAUAUUUUAAGACAUGAAAUAUAUUUGCAACACAAUCCUGACAUUGACAAUGUGCUUUAAACUUUUAGCUUUUGAAGUCAUGCUUUUGAACACCUACGGUCUUAAAAGAAUCUUGAUCGUCCCGUUUCCCAUCACCUGAUUAGCCAAAGAAUCUCCCCAGAAUUACUUAUGCUCGGUCAAUAAGAAGAUAAUAUUAUUUACUGGUGCCAGAGAAAAAAACCUCCUGAGAAGAAUCUGCUAAUGAUUUGUGACCAGGAGCCGAAUGUAUUUCCCAAAGGCUCACUAUGAAAUUGGUUGUUGGAGCCUCUUAAAGCCAGAUUCCUGUGUAAACUUUGUAUAUUUGUGUCAGAUGGAUAGAACUAAUAGCCCUUUAUGUAAGUUGUAACUCAGGGCUAUGCUAUGCAUCCAGCAGUACCUCUCAAACUCUCAGAGUCACAUCGUAUAAGCAAAACCAAACAGGAAGCUAUUGUUCUGAAAAUCCUAUAUAAGCACAGGUAAUGUAUGUACUGACAUACAUAUAUGUUGUUGUUGUAGAAGUCCCUCGUCUUUGUGCAUUUUUGAUAAAACAGCUUUUGCUCUUUUGCUCCAUUCUUAAAAAGAAUAACUUGGGAAAUUCAAAGUUGUCAUAUUUUUGAGUCGUCACAAGGUGUAAAAAGUGUCCGGAUAAACUUUAUUUAAAGACACUUUGGAGUUUUAAUUUGGUUUUGUUGUAAUGUUUUUGAGAGGCUCAAAAAAAAAAAAUGCAUGUGCGUGUGUGUGUAAUUGGCAAAAUUUAGAUUUCAGUCAAGUUCAAUCUGACUGUAGAAUUCUUUUAAAAGAUUACAAUUGUAAUUAGACAUUUGACGCCAACUUUCAGUGCUUGACAUUUUUCGAUACUUAGUGUAACAGACACAUUGAUAUUGAGGUUUGAUACCCAGCCCUUUCUAUGCAGGAGGACUCAAAAAUGGCUGCCUGCACAUGCACUCAGUGUUCAACAUAUCCGACCCAUUUCCCAUUGUAGUGUCUAGUAAACUCUGACUUUUUGAGAUUCAGUUAGUUAAAUUAGUCCAAGCAUUUGUUCUGUUCAGUAUUUGAAAAGAAAAGCCAUAACUUUGGGAUGAAUGCUGUGAGCACCUGUAACCUCAGCUUUAAACCGCAGUCAGAUCAGUUUUACCGGCCUGGACGGGCAGCAUCAGCUUUGCUUCAUUUGCACAUGAUUUGACGCUAACGCUAAUGGAUACCCCUCCAGUUUUGGUGGAGUUGAUGAAGUCUGUCUUUAUGAGCAUUUUGAGGCCUAUACUUCACUCCUAAAAUCACCUUACUGGGUUUUCUGAUUUUGUACAACAGCUGUACAGAUAUUAAAUUGCCUUUGAUGAUGGGGCAUCUUUCACAUCUGUGAGGGGAAUAUACCUUUCUCUGAUAAAGGGGCGUAUUUUUUCUCACAAAUCUAAGUUGUACUUGUACUUUUUUCUUCUUUCGGUGCACUAAGAUCUCAUAUGUGAAUACAGUACCACCUCCACAUCUCUGUCCAACUUUGUUUUUGAACUAUGGGCAUUUUCUGUCUCUAACACGCAGUCUUUCAAUUGGUACUUUGUACAAUUCAGUAUUAACAAGUUUUUGAGAAAAAAAAGAUAAAUGUUCUAGGUUUAAAAGCA